GUUGCGCAUCGAGCAUUACCUCUGUAGCAUUUGAAUGCACACUGAGUGCUAUUUUUGGACACUACAAAACGUGUUGUUGCAUCUCGAGCAGAACUGAAGUAUUCCCUGCAAGCUUAGCCGGAAGAUGCGGCGAUCUGCGAGGGUCUACACCGGAGUCUCCAGCUGGGCGAAGAUGUGUGGGCCGAAUGGGAGACAGUUUGCACUUGUCUAAUUAAUCGGUAUAUCCCUUCUAACGGGCUAUGUUCAACCGACGGAAAAGCGCGGAGGCGCGGCGGAGCCUGGAAGCCCGCGCCCGGCACUCGGAGGAAUGGGUGUCGGACCCGCCUGUGGCCAGCGGACAGGAUAUGGAGAUACCUUUCGGGCUGCGGCAUGAUUCGGAAAUCGGGGCCGGUAUUAUGCACCAGGCCGUGGACCGAGCCUCAAGCAGCGUGCAGCUGCGAGGCACAACAGAUGCCGCCCUGUCGCUGGCAAUGGAGCUGGGCUUCACGAUAGGCAACGACGACGAGGAGGACGAGCAAGAGGAGCCGGGAGAGCCGGGGACUGAGUUGCAGGGGCAGGUUGAAGAUGUGGAGGAUGUGGAGGAAGGGCAGGGGGAGGAGGACGACGGGGAUGGGGCCGAAGAUGGCGAAGGCGAGGAAUGGACGUACGACGACGCAGGCCUCGGGCCCUUGCAUCGGCCCAUGGAAGGCGAAGAGGUGCGCACUGGUUUGUACCGUUCGGCGCUGUUCCAGCAAUUGCAGCCAAUGCCGCAGCUCCCGCAGACAGCAUUUAUAACCGGGAACGGCGAGGCGAGCGAGGUUGGGGCACGGCAUGACGGCAUCGACUCUGUCGUUGCACCGGACGUGGAGAGCGAGCUUGCUGAGGGCGGCGUGCCCAGCGCCGCGGCUGGACCGCAGCAGUCGGCAUCUGCCCCCGCCCUCGUUGCCGCUGCAGCCGCGGCUGUAGCAGCAGGCGGGAGCGGCGCCAUACGCGCGAGCGUGGGCCGCAGCGGGGCCAGCAAUGGCGCGGGGCACGGAGACACAGGCGGCAGCUCAGGGCUUGAGGCAGUCAUCGGUUUUGCCGGGGGUCGAGGCAGCACAGCCCCGGGACCUGGCGGCAGCGGCAUGGCAGGGGACUUGGAGUGGCCGGGGACCCGUGGCGGCACCGGCAGCGGCACGGGUAUGGGUGGCAAGGCGCUGGCGAGCAACGUCGCGCCGCAGUCGUCACGGCACAGCCUGGUGGUGCGAACCAGUGCCGCGCCCAUGUUCCCGCAGCACACGCAGCACCCGGUACACCACCACCACCUGCACCACCAGGGCAACCACUGGUCGCCGCUCGGGCCGUCGCCGCACGCUUCGGGCCUGAGCCUGGCGGCCUCCGCGCCGCCGCACACCCAGCAGCAGCCUGCGUCCCCCACCGUGCAGCGCAUUGCGGGCCGUGGCCGAGGCCGUGGCCUGUCGUACGACGGCGAGAACGGCCCGGCACUUUCGUCACCACCCUCCCAGCCUUCACCAGACGUGCGGCCAGAUGCUCUGCAGCAACAGCAACAGCAACAGCAGCAGCAGCACCCACAGCCUGCACCGCAGCAGAUUCAGCGGGCUGUGAGUGCGCUGACAGACGGCACGUUGCGCCCCGGUCCAAGCAACAGCGUGGGGCGGGGGGACAGCGCCGGGGAAGCACCUGGAGGCUGCUGCAAAGGACCGCGCACGUGGUGGCUGGACGUGCGGCUCCAGGUCAAGCUGCUGUGGAAGGUGUUCCUGGACAUCGUUCAACGCAAGCCCUGGGUGCUCCUGGUGCCCGUACUCAUGUGCUUUUUGAUCACGGGGCUGGGCGUGUUUGGAGUGCUCUUCGCCUCGGUCCGCAAUAUAAGCUCCCAGCAGAACUACGCGCGGGAGGCCGUGGCGUCCGCAACUGCAAACGCCAUUUCGGGCCAGCUGGAAAUCGCAACUUUUGCCGUGAUGACCAUGUCUGCCUACCUCACGCAACAGCCCUUUUGCGCCGACCUCAACCGCAACUUUAACAACCUGUCUUCAGUGAUUUUAGAUUGGGACGAGAAGCAUCUCGUAUACCAGGUCCAGGCGCUGCCGGCCGCGGUGCUCAACUACAUCUACCCGCCGGUCAGCGACCCAGAACUGGAGAAGGUGCUCAUUGGUCGGGACCUGUUGGAGGUGCCCAUGUACCGCGAGGACACGCUGUACCAGAUCCGAGCACGUGACCAGCGCCUGAUGCUGGGGCCGUACGCGCUGCUGGAGGGGUUCCAGGGCAUGUUCGUGACCUACCCCAUCUUCCUGCCCGCACCGAACUCCACCUUUGAUUGGGGCUGCGGCGUCGAGCCGCACGACUGCCCGCCGGGCGUGUGCUGGCUCGCGAAGGAGGGCCUGAAGCUGUGGGGGCUGGCGACCUCGGUCGUGUCGCUGGACAACAUGCAAGCCGAUUUCCGGUUUGCGACGCUGAGCUCGCAGGGCUACUUGUACCGGCUGCACCAGCUGCCGCGCGCGCCCAAUCGCGCCGCAACCAUCGCCGCGAGCGACCCGCUUCCCAGCGACCCAGUCACGGCAACUGUGGCGAAGUUCAACCUGGUGUGGGUGCUGGAGGUGUCCCCUGCGGCAGGCUGGGUGCCCGAGUGGCGCGACCCGUGCAUUGUCGCGGUGGUGGUGGGCUCUGUGGCGGUGUCGCUGUUGGUGCUGUGGCUGCUGGUGACGCGGGAGAAACACAACAUGCUGCUGCAAGCCAUGCUGCCGGAGAAGGUCAUCUGGCGCCUGCAGCGCGGCGAGCAGACGGUGGUGGAGGAGUUCUUGGAUCCCGUCACCAUUCUGUUCAGUGACAUUGUGUCGUACACGGAGGUUGCCUCUCAGCUGACUGCGCUACAGGUGGUGCGGCUGCUGAACGAGCUGUACACACAGUUUGACUUGCUGUGCGAUAAGCACGAGGUGUACAAGGUGGAGACAAUAGGAGAUGCGUUCAUGGCGGUCGCGGGCUGCCCCACUCGCGAAGAGCCCAUAGCCGCGGCCGUCCGAAUGGCCAACAUGGCGCAGGACAUGAUUGCCAUGGUGGAGGAGUUCACAACGCGCGUGGGCGAUGAGGACAUGAAAGUCAAGAUCCGGAUCGGCCUGCACUCGGGGCCUGUGGUGGCAGGCGUGAUUGGGCAGCGCAUGCCGCGAUACUGCCUGUUCGGCGAUACGGUCAACACCGCCAGCCGCAUGGAGACCAACUCCUCGCCCAUGUGCAUCCACAUCUCCGCAGCCACCGCCUCGCUUCUGAGGCUGGCGGGAGCAAAGGUGGUCAUGCCGCCGCGCAACAUCAAGCGCGCCGCCGCCGACCGCCCCGUUGCGCCGGUUUCGCCACUGCGCAUGGGCCUGCCGUCGGCCGGCGGCCUGCCCUCCGCCCUGUCACUUCUGGGCGCACUUCCCAGCGGCAUACUUCAAAACGGCACAGGCCGGGAUAGAACGCCGAGCGAUGUCGGCGUGGCCCACCUGCCGCCGCCCUCGCCGCCCAACCUGUCGCUGCUGCUGGAGCAACACGACCAACAGCAGCUGAGCAAUGGCGACAUGUGGCACGGCGGCGGCGGCGGCCCGGCGGGUGGUGCCGGUGGCGGCGGAGGCAUGAACGCUGCCGCGCCCACGGCCCAUGCCUCCCGUCAGAGCCUCAUCAACUUGAGUGACACAGCGUUCUCAGCUGGAGGCGCGGGUGCGGCGUCAGCUGCCGCGGGCGCGCAGCAGUCACACCCGCCAGCAGCCGGACCCACCCAGAAGCCUCACAUGCAGCAGCAUCCACAUCCCAGUGGCACCGCCGCUGCUGUGGCCCCGCCGCCUGCAUCGCAGCUGUGGGGCGGCGGUGUGGGCCGAGAGCGCAACAUGCUCCCGAUGCUGGACAAGCCAAUGACAUUGUUCGGCCGUGGCCGGACCAUGAUCAAGGGCAAAGGCAUGAUGCACACGUUCUGGCUUCAGCGCAAACCGGACCUGCCGCCAGCGCCCGCCGUCCCGCCAGCGCUAGCAGCCGCCGCCCGUAUCCCGCUCCCCGGAGGCCUGGCGACUGUCAAAUCGCAGCGCCUCUCCAUGCAGCGGCGCCCGUCCUUCCACCCGUCCAAUGGACCUCACGGCGUUGCAGCUGCAGAGGCAAUGGCCGUGCUGGGCAUUGCCAGCACCACCAGCCAGCCAACAAACUAUGUCGGGAGCGGAGUGGCGACAGGAAGCUUGCUCGGUGCAGGUCACGGCAGCUGCCGCCCGUCCGAUGCCGGCAGCAGCACCGACUUCGUACGGCGCGUUACCAACACGACGAACGGUGGCGGCCUGACGCCGCCGCCGGCUAGCGGGGCCGGCGGUUACGCUGGAGGUUACGGUGCAUGCGGUGGCUACAGCGGAGCCGCUGCUACGGCAACGGCUGCUACCAUGGUCGUGCCCCAUGGCACGGAUGAUGCGGGCUCUCUGUCGGCGGCAGCGGAUCUGCUGCAGUCGGGCAUGCAGGCGGCGGUGAUAUCGGCAGCGGGGGCGGGGGCUCAGCACCAGCCUGGCCUGGCGGGCACGACGCAGUGCCGGUCGCCUCUGGGCCGCAAGCGCAGCGUCAGCGUCCACUCCUACACCUCUCCGUCCCCAACACAGCAGCAGCAGCAGCAGCAGCAGCAGCAGCAUGUGUCAAGGCAGCGGCUGCCUUCGGCGCAGGCGCCCACGCUGGCAACUGGCGGUUCAUCCUCUGGGCAGGCCCCGCCCGGCCUUUCCUCCGGCACGGCGGCGUCGGUGCUGGCGGCAGCCAUGGCGCUGGGGCCGCACGGACAACACCAGCAGCAGCUGGCACCAGCACCCACCGCAGAAACAGGCCUGCUGGCAAUGACCUCGAGCGCCGCCAGCUUGGAGGACAUUGCCUUUCCGGUCGCCUUCGACCCGCCCAUUGCGGAUGCGCGCAACCCACAGCAUACCGGGACGCGCGCCAGCAAUUUGCUCACCUCUGCGGCUGAGGCCGCUGCGUUCAACUCGGCCGGUGCAGCUACCUCCGCAGACCCACUGGGUGCGGCCAGUAGCCCCGACCCUCGCAUGGCCCGCCGCCUGCUUGGCGCUGCCGUGUGUGACGCCUGCUCGAGCGGCGAGUGCGAGCUUGCGAUUACGGGUGGCUCCGUGUCGAGGGGCGGCGCAGCGGAGCAUAGCAGCCUCCGCGGCCUGCUGCGCCCACAGCAGGCGCAGCAGGUGCACACGGAGGGUGCGCACAGUGGCGGCGGCGCCGGCGGCGCUGACACUUUCCAUGAUGAAGCGGCGCCGCUUGGGCUGCGGGCGCUGGGCCUAAGUGCGUUUUCGGCCAUGGCAGAGGACGCGGGCGUGGCAAUGGACGUGAACGCCACGUUUGCCCACUCCGCAGCCCACCUGCACUCCAGCACCAUCAUUUCUCGCCUCGGCUCGACGAUAGCGAUUGCAGGCGGCAGCGAAAGCGGUCAUAAUGGCGCGCCUGGUGGGGCCGGUGUGAGUAACACAAGCGCCGCACAGUUCAGCUUUGGCUUGGCCGGUGUGCUGUGCAGCGGGCAGUCUAGCGGCGCCCCCGGCUCAGUGGGGCCCCCGUUUCGACGUCGGCAGCGGAUCCUUGCAGGCCUUGAUGCGGUGGUGUCUGCGGCGGGGGAUCCGCCGGUCGACAGUGGCGACGCCCCGGCGUGUGCGGGUGGCGACAGUGCUGCUACGCAUGGCGAUGGCAGCGGCAGUGAUGCCGCCGCUGGUGUGCUGACGCCCGUCACAGGCUUCGCCGCGCGCGCCAACGCCAACGCAGCUUCUGUUGCUGGAGACAUGACAGCAGUGAAGGGGAAUGGGCCGGCGGCGUUUCUUCGCAUUGAUGGGAUUGGUGGUGGGGGCAACAGCGGUGGCGACAUAAGCAGCUCUGUCGGGUCCAGAGCCGGCGCCGCUCCUAUCGCUACUCGGGCUGUGGCUGCGCUGUCAGACCCUACGGAUAUGACUGGCGUAGCGCAGGCGGAGCGGGAGGCGGAGGCGCACGCAGCGAAGGGAAAGACGGGGGCAGUGGCUGCUGACUGCCGCUCUUGAGCUGCGAAAGGGCUCGUGGUGGGAGGGGUGUUGAGUAUGUGGAUGAGCGCGCGGUGUCGCUGUCAUGGAGCCUGUCCAAUGGGCGUUACAGGUUGUAUGGCAACGAGUGUGACUGCGAGCAACUUGCAGGGCUCUCCAAGGGCGCAGUCAAUGAGGACGUAUGUCGGCGCACGCGGCCGCAUUAGGUUCGGUGCAAGUAGAGCACCGUGAGUGCUAGUCAUUUCUAGAUUGGGUGGACGUGUGUCAGUGUGUUCACAUGUAGCGGGCUGCGUGGUCAGCCGUGCGCAUUCCCAUACGCCGCACAAGGGCUAUAUCCCUUAGCUGUAGCCGACGCUGCAGAAGCCAAGCGGUCCCGGGGGCUUGCGCCGCGCUCUUUAUGUGACGCCAGCCAUGUUUUGAUUGGUGUGGCGAGAGCGGUUGACGUGCGAUGAUGUGGAUGCAGGUGCAGGUGCAUGCAUCAUGCAUGGCCUCAAGGGGCUUCGUACGCCAUCGGCGCUUGAGUGUGCGCGAGUGUUGCUGUGCCUCGUACGAGAGAUUCUGAGUGGAGAACCAAAGCGGGUUGCUGCGGAUAUGCGUUGUGUGCGGGUGGCACGCGCAAGUGAUGUGGGCGAUGCGCCCAUGUUCAUUCUACAGCCAAGUUGGCUUCGGAUAGACAGGUAUGCGGCAUGAGUGGACGCGAGAAUGCCGACCCGGCAUACUGGCCUAGGUGUGGCAGUACUGAAGAGAAAGGAAGUGCACAACCCGUUGCAAGCUGCACACACACAGAAAGUUGCACACAUGCACGGAAGGAAAGGACUCGCAUGAGGAGUGGGUCUGCAUGCGGCUUGGUUUGCGUGCUGUUGCUGGAUGGUGUGGUGCACCCAUAGCUGCGGCUAACAAGUCUUGUUUUCAAUUACGACAUUGCGUGUGGGUUUCGCAUGACCAGACGUCAGGCCUAUCAUCGUGUCAAAGCCAGUGCAUUGUGAACGCGACGUAAUUCAUUGUUACGGCGAGUUCGCAUGUACAGUUUGCUUGUGGGCGCCUGCGCAGCAGCGCAGGCGUUGAUACUUGACCCAUGCUGAGCUGUGCAAGCAACCUGGCACUGGUUUGUGCCAGUGUGGAGUCUGGUGCCCGGCGCACGCAUGCACGGACGCAUGCAUGCAUGCACGCACGCACGCACGAGUAGGGGUGUUCUCCGGGGGCUUCGCCCCCCCCCCCGACUUCUGCGCUCCGAGGGCUCAGCCCAGAAGGCCGCCGGUGUCGGAGGUCCGUGAGGCAAUCAUGACGCCUGGCGACUGGACGCUGCGGCACUUGUCAUUCAUAGUGAUCGGUAGCUAUGGUGGGCUCUGACUUGCUCGGUGGAGUUGGAAUCGCCACAAAGAAGUAAUGCUGCUAUUUAUCGGUGGCCGGUGCCGGCUGCUUGGGCGUGGGUUAGCUACUCACGGCAGCCAUACCGCACGGGUGAAUCGGACUCGGGUUAGUUCGUAGGAAUGUCGUUAAGGGACAGCGCAAGGCAAGUGAGUCCGUACAUGAACGUGGAUGUGACUCACGGGGUGUAAGUCGCGCACAAGCAAGUAGCCAUGCUUGAUAACAGGGUUUGUUCAGAACGGACGCACGUAGUUGCGCUCCACAUUUAUAAUUUGCAUGGGCAGUAUGCAGUUACAGGGGUUGCUUGGAAGGGACGCAGGUGUUGGGGCUACGCAGUCACGAUGUGCCUGGGCGGUGAGCAACUAUGCAAUGUGUGCGCUGGUCUCUAGCAUACAUUUUUGAACGGGCGUGGUGGUGUACGGCAGUGUUUUCACAGCGGGAGCGAAGGGAAGAGGGCUCGACAAGGAAAAGUGGGCUGCGCCCACAGAAUAUUAUGUCCGUGUCGCGUAGGAGCCGCUAUCUGCGCGGGUUAUGCUGCAUAUGUGACGGUAGGUGUGCAUUUCACCAUCAGAGGAGCCCAAAGCGACCUCGAAUGUUGCGUGCUAGGCUGGCAUCUCUUUGGUCUUCGCGGACGCAGUCUUAGUGGUGAUACUAUGUAAGCAACAGAAUUU